GGGUAUCAAGGCCAGGGGGAUCAGGGAAGUCAGGGGUAUGGAAGACCCCGUUUUGACUGGAGGACGGCCAUCUGUCAACAUUGUGACCAACAAGGCCACACUAUAAGGUUCUGUAAUAUAAGACGGGAAGACGAGAGAAACGGACUGAUUUCCUCUACUAUGGAUGGGAAUAUCUACGAUCAAUUUGGGGAGGCCAUCGACAGAAGGCUUGGAGGAGUGAGGGCUGAAGCCCAGCGAAGAGCGGCAGCUGGGCCGCAACCCCCUGCCAUGUUCAGGCUAUGGCAGGAAAAGGUGGAACCCCUGAUUGGAGAGGAGGAUGUAGGGAGUGAUGAGGAAAUGGUUCAAAGGCUACUAGGAAGGAGUAAGAAGAAAGAGCCCAUAAUCAUUGAGGCAGAAGACGAAAGUGGGGAAGAAAGAACGGAGCCUCCGUCCGUCUUAUAUAGGAAGAUUGAGGACCUGCUGGAUAAGAUGGGGAGGUACCAACGGAAGCUAGUGGGCCUCUGUGAGGAAGUGAAGAGAUGGAAACUUAGCGUCCCCAAGGUGUUCCUCUACGACUCCGGUCCGGAAUCAUCACCUGGGCGACCCGGAAUAAAUGUGGUGGGGUCAUGCCCACAAUCAGGAAUGAGGGGGAGACCCCUCACUCCGCAGGCACGGCUGGGCCAGGCAGCGCGAACGAGAAAUCAAGCCAGAGUCAGCGCCAGCCAAGAACCUCCGAGGAGGGAGGCGGAGCCAGAAAAGAGAAAGGAGGCCGUGGAAGUAGAAGAUGAUGAUGAUGACGAUGAAGAGGAAGAGGACGAGAGGCUGCGUAGGGAGGAGGAUCAAAAAGCAGAGCAGCGGGCGAGGAAAAAGGGAACCAGGGGAGAGGUCGARYCGGUCGUGCGCGACGGACYGCCCAAAAGGAAGAAAUACGCGGUCCGGUUGGAAGAAGGAUUUGACGUAGAAAAGGUGAUUGACCGGCUGCUGGAAGGGCAUAAUGACCUCAUGACCCUGAAGGAAAUCCUAGCGUCAGCCCCGCGACUCCGCUAUGAACUGAAGGGGAGGUUGUCGCGACGUUUGGUGCCCAAUGUCCAUCUGGGUACGAUUCUGCCCAAGGAGGCAGAGUGGUCGGAGUCAGGCACGAAGAUGGACUGGAAGUGCGUAGCCUGCGGUACGGUGGAUUUGAUGGUGAAGGGGUCAAAGUGCGCAGCAAUGGUGGACACCGGGGAAGAGAUGAACAUUAUUCGGGAGGCAGACGCGAUCAGAUUUGGGCUGGAUAUAGACCGUUCUGACUGCGGUAUUCUGCAUGGAGCCAGCUGUAAGGCCGUGUUUUGCGGGACAGCCUCGAAUGUGCUCAUCGAGGUUGGAAAGGUGAAGGCCAGGGCAUGCUUCUUCAUAAUGCCAAACGUGGACCAUGGAAUCCUCUUGGGGAGAUGGCUGACGUACAUCUGGAUGUUCAAUUUUGAGUUGGAACGGAUUCCUGGCAGCAAGAACCGGRCRGACGGSCUGAGUCGGAUCAACUGGGAUAGACAGGAAGGGGAGGCGGUGGAGAAUACACCCCCAGUUGAUGGGUUUCUGGAUCAGGAAGAAGAUGUUCGUCUCUAUAUCAAAAAGUGGUCGCCGCGAGUGCCCAGCUGUGUAGGCUAUCCUAUUUGGCAAGCGCCGAACGGGUAUGAAAGGAGGACUGAGCUAGUCCUUAAGCCCUUUGAGGAAGAAGAUCCCUGGGGCGGUAAGGAUGUUCAGUGGAUGAUGGAAUUAGCGCUGGCCAGCUCGCAUAGCCUGGUAGAGGAUAUGAGGACGAUUGAGGAAGGACCUGGCCAGGUAGAACGGCAUGAGGGCCUGAUGGGAGGAAUGUAUCUCCUCGUCAAUACGUUAUUGCAGAAAAGCCAAGACCAAUCAGGGUCGUUGAACCCGGCAGGGAAUGUGAACGAAGUGCCCGAGAGCCAGGACGACGAGUUCGAGGAAGGGGAGAUUAAAGAGGCGUUUCGUGUAGAGGAGUACGACGGGAUCUACCUAGACGAUAGAGCUCAAAGGAUGCUGCAACGGUAUCUAGUGCGAGACCGCCACCUUUUCGUGAGAAGAGAAGUGAGAAAUUCUAGGAGAGUCGUCUGCGGUAGGAAUCGUCAGAUCGACGUCAUAGCUGCGCUUCAUGAUGGCAUUGCAAGAGGGCAUCGAGGGAUACAAGCUACGUAUGCCAAGRUAAGUGAGCUCUACUACUGGGAUGGAAUGAUGGAUAUGGUCGGAAAGUUCUGCCGAUCGUGCGUACCUUGCCAGGAAAGGUCCCAUUUAAGACAAGGAGAGCCGCUGCAUCGAAGGCUAGAGCGAGAAGUGGGGGCCAUAGUGCAUCUCGAUUUGCUUUUUAUGUCGUUUGGGGAUCAGGGCUAUAACUACAUCUUCGAUACGCGCAAUAACCUGUCUGGGUUUGUAGACGGGCGUGCUACUCGCACGAAGACCGGGUCAGUCUUAGUGAACUGCAUCGAGGAGUAUUACUUGCGCUAUCCCUUCAUCAGGGAAUUCGUAAUGGACAGGGGAUCGGAGUUUACUUGCCAGGAAGUGCAAAAACUUUUAUCAAGGUCUGACUUUACGAAGACAGCCAUGCCAAGAGGAGGGAAGGGGACACGGCCGCCUCAGAGGCCGUUGGGCGCAUCAGGAGGAUAUGAGAGGCAUGGGCCUCGCCAUCGAGAGAGUACUCCGGUCUACAAUGAUGGGGACAUCGAGCUAUUCCUCGACAGUUUCUGGGAGCAUGCGAGGCGUAUGGGGUGGACUGUCGCUCAGGCGAUUGAGGGAUUGAGGGGAGCAGGUAGGUUCGAGGAGCCCAUUGCCAGGAUUUGUAGGGGGGCGACGACGAGGCAGGAGGUAGAGAUGAGGAUGGAGGAGUUGCGACCCUCGCCUAUGGGACCUGAUGGCAGACCGAUCCGCGUGGAGAUUGCAAAUGCGUCGGACUUCAUCCCCGCGUUUGAGUGGUUCAUGCAGGGGCAGGGCAUACCGAGAGAUGAUUGGAUGCAGACGCUACCACUCUGGACCAGGAAGGCGGAAAGACCACUGGCUAUGCGGAUCGCUUAUGACACUUAAGUAUCAGACUUGAAGUGUCGUGAGGGCCUAACCUUUCACGACAUUGCACGACUGAAGGAAACAGUCGUGCAGCCGCCGCUACGCCUUAGGCUCUUCACCUGAGCGUCUCGGUAGGCAAAUCAAAUAGGUUCUGCGCG